UAAUUUGUUUGUAAAGUACAGUAGUUAAAGUCAUCAACUGCAAUGUUUUCAGUUGAUAACUAUAUAUUAUAUUUGUCUUUUAAUUAAUGGAGCUAUAACUUUAUGAGAAUUUAACUAGUGCCAAGACAAAAUUCUAGUGCAACGAAUAUCUUUGUCCACUUGUGAUAAUGAAUCCUCUCGACGUAUCAUACAAGUCGUUAGAGCAAGGGCAGUUCCUGAAAGUUACAUUUUCAAUUAAUUUUAAAAGAAGAGGUGAUCCAUACACAGCAGAAUUUAAAAUAGAUGAUGUAGUUCAAGUACGUUUUAAAUUUGAGCAAGAUACAACUAGGGGUAGUGAUGGUAGCCCAUGCUAUGGCUAUGGUGAUGGAGAAAUAGGACUAUUGGUCUUCAUGUCAUAUAAAAAAUCUGACACAGUGAAAGAUUUUGCUGUUAAAUUAAACAUGAAGUUAAAUGAUUUUAACUACUCGGAGCAAUUAAUUUGUCCUGAAACCUGGACUGAAUGGAUAGAAGUGGGUAAACUACCUAAAUUAAAGAGCAAUUCAAAUCUUCUCCUAGAAGUAAGUAUGGCUGUGAGCAAAGCAGAAGUUAUUACAUUUUCCAAGCUGUAUAAUGAUACAAUCACAACUGAUAUCAAAGUCAGUACAAAAGGCAGCAAAAAUCCUAUUCUGUUCCACAGGAGCUGCUUGCUAACACACAGUGAUUUCUUCAAGACACUGUUCCAAACCGGAGAUUUUAUUGACAAGAAAGAUUUCGAGAUUGGAGAAAAAGAUGUGACAGACCAGACAAUACAGCAUUUAAAGGAUUAUGUAUACUUAGGUAUUCUGCCGGAUGAUGGUCUGUGCUCAUUGCUCAUGCUUGCCAGAUGCUAUUUGUUUGAGAACCUCAAGUCGGAGUGUAUUAUGAAGAUAGUUCAAACGGUGACCCCUGAAGGCCUGCACCGGUUUAUGGGCUUUGCUUGUGAGAACAAUAUGCCGGAGUUGGGUGUAGCAUUACUGCAGACUCCUCAUGAAGUUGUUCACCAAGCCCAUGUGAUGAGUAAGAGUGACAGGAAACGAGUUCAUAGUGAGGAUUCUGAAGAGCCAAAAAGAGGAAGAAAAUGAAGAAAUAGAUUUUUUAAAGUGUGUUGCAGAUGUCAAAGACUGUAUACUAUAUUCUGGCAAGCCAGCUUUGUCAGUAGAAAUAUUGCCAAAUUUGAAAAUUGCAUGUGUAAAAGAUUUAGUUUUUUUAUAAAAAAAAUUGCUUACAAAGUUGGUUUGCCAAAGUAUUAAUCUAUUUUAAGUUAUUUUUUAUUUCGUUGACAUUUAAUUCUAAUCAGGCGUAAAAGCCCAUCUUAAGAAGACAAAGGUUUCUUAAGAGAAAAAUUUGUUAAUUUUUUUUGUACCUAUUGUUGAUUGUAGCUUAAACAAGGUUUUGUAUUAUUAUGUUAUUAUCAAAGAGUAAGAAAAUACUCAGAUUAUGUUCCUGUUAAAUAUUAAUUACAUUUUAAUUAAUAACUAUGACAAUCAUGAGACUUCUGUGACCAAAUAUAUCAAGAUUCGUAUUGUUAUAAUACUAAAAGGGCUUAAGUAUUAGAUACACAUGAU